AUGGGACACAUGAAUCUGCUAUCUCAUCUCGUUCCUGGUGCUUCGCCUUCAUUCAAGAUGCAGAUCUUCGUCAAGACCCUUACGGGUAAGACUAUCACCCUCGAGGUGGAGUCUUCGGAUACCAUUGACAAUGUCAAGUCCAAGAUCCAGGACAAGGAGGGAAUUCCCCCAGACCAGCAGCGCCUGAUCUUCGCCGGCAAGCAGCUCGAGGACGGCCGCACUCUCUCUGACUACAACAUCCAGAAGGAGUCGACCCUGCACCUCGUGCUCCGCCUGCGUGGUGGUGGCAAGAAGCGCAAGAAGAAGGUCUACACCACCCCCAAGAAGAUCAAGCACAAGCGCAAGAAGACCAAGCUCGCCGUCCUCAAGUACUACAAGGUUGACGGCGAUGGCAAGAUCGAGCGUCUCCGCCGCGAGUGCCCCUCCCCCGAGUGCGGUGCUGGUAUCUUCAUGGCUGCUAUGCACAACCGCCAGUACUGCGGCAAGUGCCACCUCACCUACGUCUUCGACGAGUCCAAGUAA